AAAUACACACAACUCACCAUAACACUUCCACACCGCUCAACCAAAAUUAAAAAACUUCUGUUAUUCAAUCAUCACUGCUACGUUGAGAUCUAGUAACAAUGGCAGAUGAGGUAGUUCUCUUGGAUUUCUGGCCCAGCUUUUUUGGGAUGAGGGCAAGAAUCGCCUUAGCUGAGAAGGGUAUCUACUACCAAUAUAGAGACGAGGACCUACAAGACAAGAGCCCUCUUCUGCUGCAGAUGAACCCAGUUAAUAAGAAGAUCCCUGUAUUGGUUCAUAAUGGAAAACCCAUUUGCGAAUCCCUCAUUAUUGUUCAAUACAUUGACGAAACUUGGAAGGGCAAAUCUCCUCUGUUGCCUUCUAAUCCACUCCAACAAGCCCAGGCCAGGUUCUGGGCUGAUUACGUUGAUAAGAAGAUUUUUCCCUCUCUACGGGAUACAUGGAGUACAACGGGAGAACAACAAGAGGCAGCUAGGAAGGAAUUCAUAGAGGCCUUGAAGGUUUUAGAAGGAGAGCUUGGAGAAAAGCCUUACUUCGGUGGUGACAGUUUUGGGUUCUUGGAUGUGAGCCUUGUGCCCUUCUACAGCUGGUUCUACGCGGUGGAGAAAUGUGGCAACUUUAGCACAGAAGCCGAGUCCCCAAAGAUUAUUGCUUGGGCCAAGAGGUGCAUGGAGAGGGAGAGUGUGGCCAAGUCCCUACCCGACUCGGAAAAGGUCUACAACUACGUUCUAGAAAACAAGAAGAAGAUGGGUCUAGAGUAAAAAGUUCUGUAAUUCAGGACUCCUGUUAGAGGGCUUUGGCGUUUUGUAAGUUUAAUUCUUUGGGCUUUCUUCAUUUCUGUUUUUCUGUCUUUGUGUACUUGAGGUGCUGCUUCGAAAUAAUGGUUUUGUGUAACCCUCAUUUGUUACACUAAGCCUGUAACAAGAUGGAAUUUUUUUUUUUUUUCGUGAGCGAUGUGUGAGAGUAUAAAUGGUAUUACACAUCAUAAUUAAAAGUUCAAUGAUAUCAAUUCGUAAUUUCUCUUUGUUGAUGUUAUCAUAUGCUUGGUUACAUUGACAAUAUUCCUUUGAUAAAGAAGUAUGUAUUUUCAUGUUGAUGAAUAAUACCUAGAAAAUUAUAUAGGCAUGAAUAAAAAUUUUCUAAAUAAUAAAAUAAGUA